AUGGCGGCCGGCGGCGGCGGAGGCAGCGGCAAGGCCUCCUCCUCGUCGGCCUCUUCGGCUGGGGCUCUCGAGUCCUCGUUGGAUCGUAAAUUCCAGUCGGUCACUAACACCAUGGAAUCUAUUCAAGGCCUGUCGUCUUGGUGUAUAGAGAACAAGAAGCACCACGGCACCAUCGUCUACCACUGGAUGAAGUGGCUCCGGAGAUCUGCUUAUCCCCACCGUUUGAACCUCUUUUACCUUGCCAAUGAUGUCAUACAGAACUGUAAAAGGAAAAAUGCAAUCAUCUUCCGAGAAUCAUUUGCUGAUGUACUUCCUGAAGCAGCCGCUCUAGUGAAGGAUCCAUCUGUCUCUAAGUCUGUAGAGCGAAUCUUUAAAAUUUGGGAAGACAGAAAUGUAUAUCCUGAAGAAAUGAUUAUGGCAUUAAGAGAAGCUUUGAGUACAACUUUCAAAACUCAGAAGCAGCUGAAAGAAAACCUGAACAAACAACCGAAUAAGCAGUGGAAGAAAUCACAAACAUCCACAAAUCCAAAAGCUGCCCUUAAGUCCAAGAUAGUUGCUGAAUUUCGAUCUCAGGCCCUCAUUGAAGAGUUACUGCUCUACAAGCGCUCAGAAGAUCAGAUAGAAUUGAAGGAAAAACAGCUGUCAACUAUGAGGGUGGAUGUGUGUAGCACAGAGACUCUCAAAUGCUUAAAAGAUAAGACAGGCGGGAAGAAGUUCUCCAAAGAAUUUGAAGAAGCAAGUUCCAAACUGGAGGAGUUUGUGAAUGGAUUAGAUAAGCAAGUGAAAAAUGGGCCCUCACUAACAGAAGCACUAGAAAAUGCUGGAAUUUUUUAUGAAGCACAAUAUAAAGAAGUAAAAGUGGUGGCAAAUGCAUAUAAAACCUUUGCUAAUCGAGUGAACAAUUUAAAGAAAAAACUGGAUCAAUUGAAGGCAACCCUUCCUGAUCCUGAAGAAUCACCAGUUCCUUCCCCAAGCAUGGAUGCUCCCUCCCCAACUGGCUCUGAGUCUCCUUUUCAAGGAAUGGGAGGUGAGGAAUCCCGAUCACCAGCCAUGGAGAGUGAGAAGUCUGCCACACCUGAGCCUGCGACAGAUAAUCGUGAUGUAGAAGACAUGGAACUCUCAGAUGUGGAAGAUGAUGGGUCAAAAAUCAUUGUCGAGGACAGGAAGGAAAAGCCUGUGGAGAAGUCCGCUGUAUCCACUUCUGUACCUACAAAGCCAACAGAAAGUGUCUCAAAGACUCCUUCAAGUACCCCAGUGCCUGUGACUGUGACAGCAACCCCACCUCCUCCAAAGUCUGUGAAUACUACUCUUCUGUCCCCUUCUCCAGCACUGACUUUGCCAAACCUGGCUAAUGUGGAUCUGGCAAAGAUCAGUUCCAUCCUUAGCAGCCUAACGUCUGUCAUGAAAAAUACUGGGGUCAGUCCUGCACCAAGACCUCCUGGAACUCCUACAAGUCCCAGCAACCUCACCACUGGCGCCAAAACACCAGCACCUGCUACAACAACAUCUCACAACCCUCUGGCAAAUAUCCUUUCAAAGGUGGAGAUCACCCCAGAGAGCAUUCUUUCUGCUCUUUCGAAAACCCAGACACAGUCAGCCCCUACACUGCAAGGCCUGUCAUCUUUACUUCAGAGUGUUACUGGGAACCCAGUUCCCACUAGUGAAGCUGCACCCCAGAGCACUUCAGCCUCCCCAGCCAAUACCACAGUCUCUAGCGUAAAAGGAAGAAGUCUGCCCUCCAAUACCCAAACCUUUAUGCCCAAGAGCUUCAACUAUUCUCCUAAUUCAUCAACUUCUGAAGUCUCUUCAACUUCAGCCAGCAAGACCUCAGUUGGACAGAGUCCAGGGCUCCCAAGCACUACUUUCAAGCUACCAUCCAACUCUCUGGGGUUUACAGGUACACAUAAUACUAGCUCUGCUGUCCCACCUGCUGAAGUUGCCAUGUGCCAACCUUCAGACAUCUCUAAGCCAAAGUUGGAGUCUGAGUCCACCUCCCCAAGCCUAGAAAUGAAGAUCCACAACUUCCUAAAAGGCAAUCCUGGUUUCAGUGGCUUAAACUUAAAUAUCCCAAUCCUGAGCAGUUUGGGGUCCAGCACCCCAGCAGAAAGCCACUCCUCAGACUUCCAGCGUGGCCCUACAAGCACCUCAGUCGAUAACGUUGAUGGCACCCCUGUGCGAGAUGAACGGAGUGGGACACCCACCCAAGAUGAGAUGAUGGACAAACCCACAUCUAGCAGUGUGGAUACCAUGUCCCUGCUCUCUAAGAUCAUUAGCCCUGGCUCCUCAACACCCAGCAGUACAAGAUCACCACCUCCUGGGAGAGAAGAAAAUUACCCCCGGGAACUCUCUAAUUCUGUGUCGACCUACCGGCCCUUUGGCCUGGGCAGUGACUCUCCCUAUAAACAGCCUUCUGAAGGAGUGGAGAGACCAUCUUCCCUGAUGGAGUCUUCACAGGAAAAGUUCUUUCCAGAUACUUCCUUCCAGGAGGAUGAGGAUUACCGAGAUUUUGAGUAUUCAGGACCUCCACCCUCUGCCAUGAUGAACCUAGAGAAGAAGCCUGCCAAGUCAAUCCUGAAAUCGAGCAAGCUUUCUGAUGCUACCGAGUUCCAGCCAAUUCUGUCCAGUUACAGCCACAGAGCCCAGGACUUUAGUGUGAAGUCUGCCUUUCCACCAUCUGUAAGGUCCCUCCUAGAUGCUACUGAGAACUGUGACCGCCUGUCAUCUUCCCCUGGGCUUUUUGGUACCUUCAACAUAAGAGGGACUGAACCUGGGCCUGACCGGUCACCAUCACCGAGUAAGAAUGAUUCAUUUUUCACCCCUGACUCCAACCACAAUAGCUUGUCUCAGUCUACUACUGGGCACCUCAGUUUGCCACAGAAACAGUACCCAGACUCUCCUCACCAAGUCCCACAUCGUUCCCUUUUCUCUCCGCAGAACACCCUUGCCACUCCCACGGGCCACCCACCCACAUCGGGCGUGGAGAAAGUCCUGGCCUCCGCCAUUUCUACUACAUCAACAAUUGAGUUUAAGAACAUGCUUAAAAAUGCAUCACGAAAGCCCUCAGAUGAUAAGCAUUUUGGCCAGGCCCCCAACAAAGCUUCUUCAAGUGAUGGUGUCAGUCUGGCAAGCCUCACUCAGCCCAGCUUGACUGCCUCUGAUCAGCAACAACAAGAAGAGCACUACCGCAUAGAAACCCGGGUCUCCUCCUCCUGUUUAGACUUGCCUGAUAGCACUGAAGAAAAGGGGGCCCCUAUAGAAACCCUGGGUUAUCAUAAUGCAGCUAAUAGGAGGAUGUCAGGGGAGCCCAUUCAGACUGUAGAGUCCAUCCGAAUUCCUGGGAAGGGAAAUAGAGGACAUGGGCGUGAGGCCUCUAGGGUGGGCUGGUUUGAUCUGAGCACCUCGGGCAGCUCUUUUGACAAUGGCCCCUCAAGUGCCUCUGAGUUGGCAUCCCUUGGGGGUGGGGGCAGCGGAGGCCUCCCUGGCUUUAAAGCAGCACCAUUCAAGGAACGGGCACCCCAAUUUCAGGAAAGCGUCGGCAGUUUUCGUUCCAAGAGUUUCAACUCAACAUUUGAGCAUCAUCUCCCCCCGAGUCCCUUGGAACAUGGGACACCCUUCCAGAGAGAGCCAGUGGGGCCAUCGUCUGCCCCAGCUGCCCCUCCUAAGGAUCACAGUGGGCUCUUCUCUCGGGAUGCGCCCACCCACCUCCCCUCUGUGGAUCUGUCAAAUCCCUUCACAAAGGAAGCAGCCCUGGCCCAUGCUGUCCCACCACCUCCUCCUGGAGAGCACAGCGGAGUACCUUUCCCCACCCCACCCCCUCCACCGCCCCCUGGGGAUCAUGGCAGCAGUGGGGGGAGUGGUGUCCCCUUUUCUACUCCUCCCCCUCCACCAGCCCCCAUUGACCACUCAGGGGUUGUACCAUUCCCAGCCCCACCACUGGCAGAGCACGGAGUGGCAGGGGCUGUGGCAAUAUUUCCCAAGGACCAUAGCUCCCUCCUUCAAGGGACCCUGGCAGAGCAUUUUGGGGUAUUGCCAGGACCCAGGGACCAUGUGGGCCCCACCCAGCGGGACCUCAACGGCCCUGGCCUUAGCCGAGUGCGUGAGAGCCUGAGCCUGCCCUCCCAUUCUCUGGAGCACCUGGGCCCUGUCCGUGGAGGAGGUGGGGGAGUCGUCAGCAGCGCCACCGGCCCCCCCUUGGUUCCCUCACACAGAGACACCAUCAGCCGGAGUGGUAUGAUUUUGCGGAAUCCCCGGCCAGACUUUCGGCCUAGGGAGCCUUUUCUCAGCAGAGACCCGUUCCACAGUUUAAAGAGACCCAGGCCUCCUUUCGCUAGGGGCCCUCCGUUCUUUGCACCAAAACGCCCAUUCUUCCCUCCCAGGUACUGAUGGAAACCAAGGGAAAGACAUUUUGAACAGUCUAGAGAGCGUUGGAAGUAGUUUGGUUUAUUACUAUUGUUUUUAUUUGUUUUCCCUCCUUUAGUUUAUUUUUUAUGACAAAGGGCCUCCCUUCCAAAUGAAGAAGUCAUAUAUACUUACAUUUAACUAUUCCAGCUAGCCUCCCUCUCCCACUGCAGUCACCUACCUACUUUUACCCAAGCUGUCUGUAUCUUAAGAGGGGGAGGGAGGGAGCAAAGAAACAAGCAAAGCCAGGACAUUUGGCUGGGGAGGAAAACAUCCUAUUUUUCCCCAUAUGUUGAAGAGUAUUACUACAUUUGAAAUAAAACUUCCAUCAGUACAGAUAAUAAUGUGCACUGUUGGGAUAUUAUUUUGGACUUGGCUUAUCAGAUAGUCAGAUGGAAGGGUUCCUGUCCCUUCUUUCCAGCUAAAUAACUGACCAGCCCCUUCCCCCUACCCCAUGCUCUGUGCUCUGCUGAUAGUGAAGAGAUAUCAUAAAGAAGAGUCAUGGGUGGCCUUGGGCCUGUCAGGUUGUUUGUUCUGUUUUAUUUUUAAAGGCAUGUUAAAGCUGAGUACCUUACCUUUCUCCUAAAACCUUAUAUUUUCAAUCAGCCCAACUCUAAAAGAUGUAAACCUCACUCUACCCUAACAACUUUGUUUCUGCUAUCUCCCUAGAAUAAAAGAAGAGGGGAGCUGGAUGUGCUCUCAAGGCUAAAAUAGGAAAUAACUAGUACAAAGAUAGAGAAAGGAGUUAUCAGUGCUGUUAUCUACCCACCCUUCAUAACAAAACAAUGGGAAAAUUUUGAAGUAGUUUCAUACCUACCUCUUGAUUCAGAGUCUAGCUCCCUAUUUUUCUUUUUUGACUUUCUCAUGGUUUUUCACUUAGACUUUGACCAUAAGAAAAUUUGUUGCUGUUGACCAUAUAUAAGGUGCAACUCUGAUACUCCCUGUACUUUUUAAUAUGAGAAGACUUAUUUUUACCACGGUGCCUCCAUGGUAUAAGUGAUGUUCAUUGGUGACGUUCAGGAAAGGGAAAUACUGAUAAAUCUAAAUAAAUCUUUGUUUUCUGUUAUAUCCACCUUGAUUCUUGACUCUCAGAGGAGGUCUAAUAGCAUCUUUUUUUUUUUUUUUUUAAUGUUUUCAGAUGUGUCUUAGUUACAGGUGGGUAUUAUUAAAUAUAUAUUUCUUUACAAAGCAACAGGAUAAUUCAGUCCCAACUGAACUGAUUGAUUAGCAUGUAGGAAAACUCUGGCAUGUUUCAAGGCUUAAGUCCUCAUCUUCAUUCCCAAUUCAUCAUAAUGUUUCUGCCUGUGACCACUUUACUUAGAAAGAAGUGCUUUUCUUCUCCCUGAACUGAGAUUUACAUUUUAACAACUAGUACUGGAAAAAUCAGACAAUCACUGCACUUUUGAGUGUUUAUAGCUAGCAAAAUGUUGAUUUCUUUCUAUUUUUUUAUUUUUCAUUAUUUAAUAUAUUACCCAAAGUAUGCACUGGUAAUCUCCAGCUAGAAGAAUAAAAUAUAUUGGAUUUUAAAGAGAAUGUUGGCAAAUUACAUAUUUUCCCCCAAGUUGGUAUAGAACUAGCUAUAGGAGAUUGUUAAUCCCCAUAGUCCUGUACUAACUAUGAAGAACUAAUGUUGGAGAUUGCUUUGAAUUCUUCCAGUGAAAUAUUCAGAGGUGUGGGCAGUGUAAUGACAGAUGGUUCUUUGUUUCAGAAUAAACUUGCUUUUCAGCUAAAGAGCAACUUAAACCAGGUAUGCAUCAUAGUUUGGGAGCUUUGUGUAAUUUAUUCCAUAUUAUUUAUGUGCUCUGUGGUCAGGAUGCUGCAUCUUCCUAAUGCAUCUCUGGUCUUAAGGCAACUGUUCUUUCUUUGACCUUAUAAAACCUCUCUGCCCUAUAGCUCUCCCCAUAAGUAUGCAUGAUUCCAUGGUCUGGUAUGUGGGAUGGGGCAUAUAGUGUAGCAAAGCAAAGAAAUUAUAUAGUUUUGAGUCCAGAUAUGUUAUGGGGAAAUUAUAAGGGGGUAGAAUCCCAUUUGAUUAAAAAAUGAAAGUUUUUUUUUAAGAAGAAGAAGAAAAAG